CCGCUGUGCUCUGCGCUGGCGCUGCGGUCCGGACUCCUCGGAACUCCCCGGCUCCCGCCGCCCCGCAUCUCUUGCUUCCCCUGUGCCACCCCUUCCUCCGCCCUAGCCCUAGGACACCCUUCCGCCAGGAAGCGGCUCUUCCAGCCCCAGAACCGCGGGGCGCUGGGUUUUGCCCAGCUGCUCCUCUUGUCAGUGGGGGGCCCUGUAUGGCUUCACCAACCCCCACCAACCCAGCACAUAACCACUUUGAGAGCUUUGUACAGGCGCAGCUUUGCCAGGAUGUGCUGAGCAGCUUUGAGGGGCUCUGUAGAGCCCUGGGAGUGGAGUCUGGCGGGGGAUUACCCCAGUAUCACAAGAUCAAGGCCCAGCUCAACUACUGGAGUGCCAAGUCACUGUGGGCCAAGUUGGACAAGAGAGCAGGCCAGCCCGUGUACCAGCAAGGCCAAGCCUGUACCAACACCAAGUGCCUGGUGGUAGGUGCUGGGCCUUGUGGACUUCGGGCUGCCGUCGAGCUGGCGCUGUUAGGUGCCCGAGUGGUGCUUGUGGAGAAGCGUACCAAGUUCUCUCGACACAAUGUGCUCCACCUCUGGCCCUUCACCAUCCAUGACCUUCGGGCACUUGGGGCCAAGAAGUUCUACGGGCGUUUCUGCACUGGUACCCUGGACCAUAUCAGCAUCCGACAGCUUCAGCUGCUUCUGCUGAAGGUGGCGUUACUGUUGGGGGUGGAAAUUCACUGGGGCAUCACUUUCACCGGCCUGCAGCCCCCUCCCAGGAAAGGGAGUGGCUGGCGUGCCCAGCUCCAGCCCAAUCCCCCAGCUCAACUGGCCAACUAUGAAUUUGAUGUCCUCAUCUCGGCUGCAGGGGGUAAAUUCAUCCCUGAAGGCUUUACCAUCCGAGAGAUGCGUGGCAAACUGGCCAUCGGCAUCACAGCAAACUUUGUGAAUGGGCGCACGGUGGAGGAGACACAGGUGCUGGAGAUCAGUGGUGUAGCCCGGAUCUACAACCAAAAAUUCUUCCAGAGCCUGCUCAAAGCCACAGGCAUUGAUCUGGAGAACAUUGUCUACUACAAGGAUGAUACCCACUACUUUGUGAUGACAGCCAAGAAGCAGUGCCUGCUGCGGCUGGGCGUGCUGCGCCAGGACCUGCCGGAGACCGAUCAGCUGCUGGGCAGUGCCAAUGUGGUCCCCGAGGCUCUGCAGCGCUUUGCCAGGGCGGCUGCUGACUUUGCCACACACGGCAAGCUUGGGAAGCUAGAGUUUGCUCAGGAUGCACGUGGGCGGCCCGAUGUGGCAGCCUUUGACUUCACCAGCAUGAUGCGGGCAGAGAGUUCUUCUCGCGUGCAGGAAAAGCAUGGUGCCCGCCUGCUGCUGGGGCUGGUAGGGGACUGCCUGGUGGAGCCCUUCUGGCCUCUGGGCACUGGAGUGGCCCGGGGCUUCUUGGCAGCCUUCGAUGCAGCCUGGAUGGUGAAACGGUGGGCAGAGGGUGCCGAACCCCUGGAGGUGUUGGCUGAACGUGAGAGCUUGUACCAGCUUCUGUCACAAACAUCCCCUGAGAAUAUGCAUCGAAAUGCAGCCCAGUAUGGGUUGGACCCUGCCACCCGAUACCCCAACCUGAAUCUCCGGGCUGUAACCCCCAAGCAGGUGCAAGACCUGUAUGACGUGAUGGACAAGGAGCAUGUGCAGAGGAGGAGUGACAAGACAGAUUCAGGGAAGACAAGCGCAGGGUCAGCAGGCACCCAGGAACUCCUGCACUGGUGUCAGGAGCAGACAGCGGGGUUUCCUGGAGUCCACAUCACCGACUUUUCCUCCUCGUGGGCUGACGGGCUAGCUCUGUGCGCCCUGGUGCACCGCCUACAGCCUGGCCUGCUGGAACCGUCAGAGCUGCAGGGCAUGGGAGCUCUCGAAGCCACUUCCUGGGCACUGAAGGUGGCAGAACACGAGCUGGGCAUCACGCCAGUGUUGUCUGCACAGGCAGUAGUGGCAGGCAGUGACCCGCUGGGCCUCAUCGCCUACCUCAGCCACUUCCACAGUGCUUUCAAGAGCGUGCCCCAGCGCUCAGGCCUUGUCAGCCAGACUUCUGGAACCUCCAGUGCUAUCCUUUUCCUUGGCAAACUCCAGAGGACCCUACAACGGACCCGGGCCAAGGACCAUGGGGAGGAAGCUGGUGACAAGCCUUCCUUGCCGGUAGAGGCUGAGACUCCAUGUACUGAGGAGACACCCCUCUCUGAGCCCAGCGCAGCCCCGGCACUGCCACCCGAACACCAGCAGGGGUCUGUGCAGGCGGGGGCAGAGGACCUCUGUGAACGCUGCGGGAAACGCCUCUAUCUACUGGAACGCUUCUGUGUGGACGGCCAUUUCUUCCACCGGAGCUGCUUCUGCUGCCACACCUGCGAGGCCACGCUGUGGCCAGGUGGCUACGGGCAACACCUAGAAGAUGGUUUUUUCUACUGUCUCCAACACCUACCCCAGGAUGACCAAAAGGAGGCUGACAGCAACGGAAGUCUAGAGAGCCAGGAUCUCCCUAUAUCAGAUGACAACAGCAUACAGCCUGGCCCCUCCACUCCUGCACCUCCCAUGGAGAGGGUCAGCUCGGUCCCAAGCCCCAGCCAGCCUGCCCGUCGGAUGAUCCGCCUCUCCAGCUUAGAACGCCUGCAGCUGCCCUCCCUGGACUUCAUCCUGGACUCAGGAGUGGAGCCUCCUGCCAAGCCCCCACGGAGCUGCAGGGCCUUGGCCCAACAGGCUCUGGAGAAAAGCUUUGUUGGCUGGGGUGUUCCAGUCCAAGCACCAGAAAUUCCUGAGGCCACAGAGAAGGCUGAAGAGAGUCCCCCUCCCAGUGAGGAGGAGGAAGAAGAGGAGGAAGAGGAGGCAGAGGAAGAAGUACCUUUGGAGCCACACUUGGAGCAGACUCUGCUGACCUUGGCCAAGAACUCAGGCACUAUGACUAAGUAUCCGACCUGGUGCCGAACCCUCAUGCGCCGUGCCAAAGAGGAGGAGAUGAAGAGGUUUUGCAAGGCCCAGGCCAUCCAGCGAAGACUAAAUGAGAUUGAGGCCGCCGUGAGAGAGCUAGAGACCGAAGGCAAGAGGGUGGAGCUGGCCUUGAGGAGACAGAGCAGCUCUCCAGAGGAGCAAAAGAAACUCUGGCUAGAACAGCUGCUACAGCUCAUUCAGCAGAGAAACAGCCUCGUGACUGAAGAGGCUGAGCUCAUGAUCACGGUGCGGGAGAUGGACCUGGAAGAGAAGCAGAGGCAGCUGGACCAGGAGUUGCGGGGCUACAUGAAUCGGGAAGAAACCAUGAAGACAGAGGCUGAUCGUAAGUCUGAGAACCAGGUCCUCAGGGAGCUGUUGGAUGUGGUGAACCAGCGGGAUGCCCUCAUCCGCUUCCAGGAAGAGCGAAGGCUCAGUGAGAUGAGUUUAGGGACAGGGGCCCAGGGAUAGAAGAUGCUCAGCUGCUUCCCUGCCCUCUAAGCAAGACACCAUCGAAGGGCUGCGCCUUUGCUGUUUACAAUAAAAGUGUUAUGGCCAUGA